GUCAGUAUAUCUACCCCUUGUUUUGUGUGCUGCGCCAUCACAAAGCAGCAAGGAUACUGAUCAGUCCUCAUCCAGCUACCACUGAAGUAUGGCACCCAAGAAAGCAAAGAGGAGAGCGGAGGGGGGCAGCUCCAACGUCUUCUCCAUGUUUGAACAGGCCCAGAUCCAGGAGUUCAAAGAAGCUUUCACCAUCAUGGACCAAAACAGAGACGGUUUCAUUGACCAGAAUGACCUGAGAGACACGUUUGCUGCUCUAGGCCGUGUAAAUGUCAAGAAAGAGGAGAUUGAUGAGAUGCUGAAGGAGGCACCAGGGCCGAUUAACUUCACUGUCUUCCUCACCAUGUUUGGAGAGAAACUAAAAGGUGCCGACCCAGAGGAGACCAUUCUGAACGCUUUCAAAGUCUUCGAUCCGGAGGGAAAAGGAACGUUUAAGAAAGAAUAUGUCACACAGAUGCUGACGACGCAGGCAGACAGGUUCUCUCCUGAAGAGAUGGAACAGAUGUUUGCAGCUUUCCCUCCAGAUGUAGCCGGAAACCUGGACUACAAGAACCUGGUGUAUGUCAUCACACAUGGUGAAGAAAAAGACCAAGAAUAGAGAAGUUCCCUCUGGACAUUAAAAUCAAUGUGUCAUGUUUGUGCCAAGAUAUAUGUGAGGGAGCACACAGGCAAACAGCAGAAGAUACAGAUUAAACUAUUUCAUACUCAGAACUGUGUGUAAACUAUUAAUUAUCUGUUGAUUACAUUUGACUAUAUGUAUGUGUGAGGGUAUUGUUGUACUAUAUGUGAGCAAUUGCUUGAUAUGUACCAUGUGAAAUUAAAAUGUUAUGUGAUAACAGUAAAGGAAAUGUUCAAUAUGUCUUCAUCAGACCUGCUGUGA